CGCAACUGCAGAAGGAAGGAGCAUUUAUAUUACAGAACCAGAAGUGGAAAAUCUCAACAAACCUGAAUUGCAGCUUGACUCCUGAUUUUGAUUGAGGGUUUUCUGUACUCAGAUCAGUCAAAAUGGUGCUUCCUGAGGGUUCAGUGAUGAGCAGCGACAGUCCAAAUGAUCCAGUGAUCCGGAUUCUUCUGAUGGGCAGAAAUACUUCUGGGAAAAGCUCAUCUGGAAACACUAUACUGGGAGAAAGAAAGUUCACAGUCCAAAAAAAGAAAAAGGAACCUGAAGUUUGUGAGGGUCAAACACAGAUCGGAGGGAAGCAGGUUGUUGUGAUUGAUUGUCCAAAUCUAAUGGAUUCAGAUCUGAAUGAAAAUCAGCUGGCGAUGAUAAAAGAGCAGCUGGCCUCUCGAUGUUCAGCAGGUCUCAGCGCAGUUCUGCUUACUGUUCCUAUAUUGAAACCUGUGCAAAAUGAGGAAGAGAUCUUGGGUAAUAUUGAGGUUUUCUUUGGUCCUGAAGUUCAGAAGUACAUCAUGAUUCUGUUCACACAUGGAGAUGAACUGGAGGAUCUGGAUCAAGCCAUUGAUGAACAUCUGAAACACACAGAUCAUACGGAUCUGCAGCGACUGGUGACUGAAUGUGGAGGAAAGUUUCACUGUUUCAAUAACAAAAAGAAAGUGGAAGGAUCAGUUGAAAAACUACUGCAGAAGACUGAAGGAAUGAAGAAGGAAAACCGUGGAAAUUUUUUAAUGGAACAAAUGCAGAGGCACGACAGCAUGGAUGUUCUUAAUCUCAGUUUUUCAGGAAAGAGUUUACAAAUAGAUCCAGGCUCCGGAUGAGAAUGACAGUAUUCAGAAUCUACAGGGAGCUUUGGUAAAGAGAUCUCGGUGAUGUGAGAAGCCACUUCAACUGAAGCAGUUCUUGUAAUUAGUGAUAUAUUCAAAUCAUCUUUAAAACAUGCCUGAAACAUUUAUAUUAAUACUGUUUUAUUAUUUAUUUAUUUUUUUUGCUUAGUAUAUGUGUCAUAUGCUCAAAUGUUAAGUCACAGUAAUACAGUAAUUCACUGCAUGAUGUGCAAGUGACACUAAACGACAGUAAUAAAUACACUGCACUGAUUCUGUUACUUACAGUCACUGCUGAUGUUUUCUGUAAUGCUGAAUCUGUUUGUAAUCUCUCUGUAAAUGUACUAUGUAAAUAUUGUAAGCUCUCUCACAAGACAGAUAUCAUGGAAAAAAGAAAAAAAAAAAAAAAACAAUAAACUUUCUAAUCUGACAGGAAGAUCUAGAUGAAACAAAUGUCCUUUCAACCACCUUUAAGAUCUGUCUCUCUUACCCUGUCUUUUACUUCUGGUCAUAUGGCCUAGGUCACUGAAAGUUGACUUGGAAGUGUCAGGAACUCAAGUUACUAUACUAUAUGAUCUUGACCCUUUUAUGUUUGGUAUCCAUUUUAAAGUCUCUGUGUGAUUGGAAAUGUGAUCUCAGUCCCAUAUCAGUAGAACAGACCAAAAAUAAAGAUCUCAAAAAACUCUGGAAAAUUCGGUUCUAUUGUUGUGGGUUAUGCCCCUGAUUAGGUUUUUGCCAGCUGUUUUAUUUUUUCUCAGGUCACCUCAUGUCCCAGCAAAAGUUCUGUGAAGUUUUAUUUACUUAAAUUUAUGAUUGUUUUGUUUUGAUUUGAAAGAGAUAUUUAAAGAGAAAUGGCAUAACUUUAAUGCAAGCAUGAUUGCCAUGUGUCUCUCAAUUUUCCUGCAUGCUUACUCUUUAAAAUUAUUUUAAUGUUGUUUUUCUUAUUCUAUGUUUUGCGUUUCAUGCUGAUCAGUUAUGUAGCAAAAUUGUAAUGUAUUCUUCUUUGACUGAUGUAUUCACUUUUAUUGACUGAA